CAGAAAACAAAAAACAAAAAAACAAAUCCUCUUCAGGUGCUUCAACACUUAACACACUCAACAAUGCAUUAUCCUAACAACAGACCCGAACUCGUCGGAGCUCCAUCUUCUGACCACGAUCCGACCCGGAACAGGUAUCAACAAAAUAAGGAGCAGUUGUCACCGGAGCAAGAACUCUCGGUUAUAGUCUCCGCCUUGCAACACGUUCUCUCAGGGGGAAAAGAAACGACGCCGUAUCACGCCUUCUCCAGCAAUAACAGCACAGUGAUAAGCGCGGGAAUGCCUCGGUCUGAUUCCGACACGUGCCAAGUGUGCAAGAUAGAUGGCUGUUUAGGAUGUAACUACUUUUUCGCGCCAAAUCAAAGAAUUGAAAAUAAACAAGUAGUAUUAGUAGAGGAAGGGGUUACUAGUAAUAGUAGUGGAAGAGAGAGCACAGCGGCGGCGGCGGGGAAGGGGAAGAUAAGGAAGAGGAAGAACAAGAAGAGUGGAUACAGAGGAGUGAGGCAGAGACCUUGGGGAAAAUUUGCAGCUGAGAUCAGAGAUCCUAAGAGAGCGACACGUGUUUGGCUUGGAACUUUUGAAACUGCUGAGGAUGCUGCUAGGGCUUAUGAUAGAGCAGCUAUUGGAUUCCGUGGACCGCGGGCUAAACUAAACUUUCCUUUUGUGGAUUACACUUCCGCUACUAGUUCCUCUGUUCCUGCUGAAGAUAUAGGAACAAAUGCAAGUGCAAAUGCAAGUGCGAGCCCAAGUGCAUUGGAUUCUGUGGAAGCAGAGCAAUGGCGUGGAGGAGGAGAAGGAGGAGGAGAUUGUGAUAUGGAGGAGUAUUUGAAGAUGGUGAUGGAUUUUGGGAAUGGGAGUUCUUCUGAUUCAGGAAACACUAUUGCUGAUAUGUUCCAGUGA